UAUCGAUCACAUUGAGUACUUCUGACGACCCAACGACAGUUCAGCGUCGUUACGGCUGUUGAACAGCGGGGACCGUCUUAUCUGUCAACAGGGCAAGAACAGCAAUUCAGCGCUGUGACGGUGGUUGAACAGAUCGGCUGUGGCUCGCUGGCUGUGUUUGCAGAUGUGAAACCAACUGGGUCAGACGAUGUGUGGACCGGUCCUCCCCCUGUGCCUGCUGCUGUGGAUCCUACGAGCAACACAAGGUGUAGCAGCUGUGGUCCAAACCCAGCAGACGGUGUCGGCAGCACUGGGAAAAGAUGCCACUCUCAGCUGUCAGCUCCUGGAAACUAAAGUUGUCUCGCAGGUCACCUGGCAGAAGGUCUCGGGGAACACAGAGAAGAAUAUCUGCACUUACUCCGAGAAAUUUGGUUCAUCGGUGUAUCCAGAAUAUAAAGACAAAAUUCAGUUUACGGAAGCUGGAUCGCAGAAGAGCUCCAUAGUUAUCAGGAACGUCACAGAGCAGGAUGCAGGAUGUUAUCGCUGUCUGUUCACCACCUUCCCUGACGGAAACCUGAUAGGGAGAACCUGCCUGAAGGUUCAUUUUCAGUUUCAGUGUCACCUAUAUAUUCUGCAUCGUAUCACAGAGGCGUCGGAUGGCUUUCUGUUGCUGCAGCAGUGGCAGCCUGGAAUUUUUUACUGUCCUGCGUGGAAUAGGAAUAAAAAAAAACCUUCAAAGGACGCCACAAAAAAUGGUUGCUACACUGGACAUCAAGGAGGACCUGACCAAAGCAGCUGAAGAAGAACUGUACUUUGACCAUUAGUGGAAUAAGCCGGACUUUCCUUCUUGAUCGAACAGCAGCUCUUUCCUAAUGACACUGUAAUAAAAGAAUGCAGGAGUUCCUGACAGGCAGAGUUCAA